AUGGCCAGUCAACAAACCACGAAUGCCGCGAAGCCCCCCGUGGACCAGGGCCCGGCGCACGAGCUGAUCAAGUUCCUCAACGACUCCUGGACGCCCUUCCACGCCGUCACGUCCACCAUCGCCAUCCUCGAAGCCGCUGGCUUCAAGCCCCUCAACGAGCGCGGACCCUGGGAGGUCGUCCCGGGCGGCAAGUACUACCUCACGCGCAACAUGUCCGCCCUCGUCGCCUUCGCGGUCGGCGGCAAGUUCGCACCUGGGUCGGGCUUUGCCAUCAUCGGGGCGCACACCGACUCCCCCUGCCUGAAGCUCAAGCCCGUGGGCAAGCUCAAGAAGGGCGGGUACCAGCAGCUCGCCGUGCAGACGUACGGGGGGGGUCUGUGGCACACGUGGUUCGACCGAGAUCUGGGCCUGGCGGGGCGCGUGGUGGUGCGCCGGGCGGGGGGGAAGAUCUCGCAGGAGCUCGUGUGCAUCCGGAAGGCGCUCCUGCGCAUUCCGAUGCUCGCGAUCCACCUCAACCGCGACAUUCACACCGCGGGCCUGAAGCCCAACGCCGAGACGCACCUGGCGCCGAUUCUGGCGACCGAGGCGCGCGCGGGGCUCGGGAAGGCCGCGGAGAGCAAGGACGGCAGCGUCGCGCCCGCGGUGCAGCGGCAGCACCCGCUGCUGCUGAGCAUCCUCGCCAAGGAGCUCGGGUGCAAGCCCGCGGACAUCCUCGACUUUGAGCUGCACCUGUGCGACACGCAGCCGUCGGUGAUCGGCGGGGCCUGCGACGAGUUCGUCCUCUCCGGCCGCCUCGACAACCUCGCGAUGUCGUGGGCCUCGGCGCGCGCCCUCGCGGACACGUGCGGCGACGCGUCCCUGGGCAACGAAUCCGGCGUGCGGUGCAUCGCGCUGUUCGACAACGAGGAGGUCGGGUCGGACUCGGCGCAGGGCGCGGGGUCGCCGCUGAUGCUCGACGUCGUGCGGCGCGUCGCGGCCGCGCUCGGGGCGGGCGAGGAGGGCGCUGUGGAGCGAACCCUCCAGGCGAGCUUCCUGGUGAGCGCGGACAUGGCGCACGCGCUGCACCCGAACUACAUGGACAAGCACGAGACGCUGCACCAGCCGGCGAUCCACGGCGGGCUCGUGAUCAAGCACAACGCCAACCAGCGGUACGCCACGUCGGCGGUCAGCGCGGCGGUGUUCCGGGAGGUCGGUGCGCGCCGCAAGCUGCCCGUGCAGGAGUUCGUCGUGCGGCAGGACCUCGGGUGCGGGUCCACGAUCGGGCCGAUCCUCGCCAGCGGCACGGGCAUCCGCACGGUGGACGUGGGCGCGCCGCAGCUCGCGAUGCACUCCAUCCGCGAGAUGUGCGGCACGGACGACAUCGCCACCGCCCUCGGCCACUUCAAGGGCUUCUUCGAGUUGUUCACAACCAUCGACAAAUCCGUUGUCGAGGGCCCCAAGGAGCCGAAGCCGGCCGCGGCGCCGCGCGCGAAGAAGCGCGGUUCGAAGACGGAGAAGGCCGGCGCGGCCGCGGACAGCGGCGAGGCGGGCGGCGCGGGCGCAGCGGACAAGGACGCGGGGGAUGUCCCGGCGCCUGACGUGGCCGAGUAG